GUUAAAGCAAUUAUUUUUGUUGAUAUAAAUACGUAGCAGCAUACUUCUGGCUUAUCUACGUCUUAGCAACAUGGUGAACAUUCAACUCUGUGUGUUUUUUCUGAUCGUAGGACUGUCUUCAACUGUUGAUGGGUACUGUUUUGUGCAGCCACCUACAGAUUGUGUUUACAAAGAACAAAUAAUAAAAGACGGAACAGAGUAUAAAUCGUUUGAAGAAUGUGUUAACUGUGAUUGUAGGAAAGGAUCAUUGAGUUGCUGCUCCAUUGGCGGAUACAUCAGUAGUCAUUCUGAUGAUUGUAAAGUAAUACCUGAUGGACCAUGUUCGCAAAGGGCUGUCCUUAUUGCUGAUGAGUCACAGCCUUGUCCACAAGUCUCCGGUGUUGGACGUUAAAUGUUGUGAAUUGUUUAGACGUCUAAACAUAUCUGUGACUAUCUUUUGUUCUUUUAUGAUACAUAAUUAGCUCAGACCAAUUCCAUCUUCGUGCCUUAUAUGUCAUGUACUGUGUUACAAUUCUAGAUUCUACUAACGAGGAAAGGUAACACUAGGUCAUCGAAAGCUGAUUUUCUAGUUCAGUCUGUCUAGAUGAUCAAUCAGUUUACUCUGAUACGUAUUUUUGGAGUUAUUGCCUCUGAAAUGUUCAUUUUUACAUCUCUUACAACAAACUCGACGUAAAAUACAGAUCUGGGUACAUUUGAAGUUACUGACAGCUAGUUGAAAGCCAAUAACAACAAAUUAAAGAAAUCAUGUUUUGAAGACUAAAUUAUCAACCUGUACACAUUUCAUAUUCAACGGAUUGAGUGUAAAGACGUCAAAAACAGUCUAGAAAAAAAUAGCUUUUGUAAUGAUAUUGUUGUCAGGUCAUUAAAGAUUGCAUAUUU